CAACGCGCAUGCGUAGAACACGUACUCCGAUUUGCGGGGUUCGUUUGGCUGUGUCUGGAGGUUUAGACCACCGAGGCUGCCAGGGGGGAGCGAGUAGCUAAGCGGCGGAGACGACGGGGCACCUCAGCGCCGCCUCGAAAUGGGGCAACAGUUCCAGUAUGAUGACAGUGGCAACACGUUCUUCUACUUUCUUACGUCCUUCGUCGGACUUAUCGUUAUCCCAGCCACCUAUUACCUCUGGCCCCGGGAUCAGAAUGCGGAGCAACUGCGUUUGAAGUCCCUGAGGAGGGUGCAUGGAAGAUGCCUCUGGUAUCGCUUGCGGUUGAUAAAAUCGCAACAGAGCAUCAUUCCCCUGUUAAAAAAAGCUGCCUUGCUCUUUGGAUGGGCAGUGUUUCUCUUCCUUGCCUACAAGGUUUCAAAACUAGACAGGGAGUACCAAGAAUACAAUCCAUACGAGGUUCUCAAUUUAGAUCCGGGUGCGUCCAUGACGGAGAUCAAGAAACAGUACCGUCUGCUGUCUCUGAAGUACCACCCCGACAAAGGAGGGGAUGAGGCCACGUUCAUGAAGAUCUCCAAGGCCUACUCGGCAUUAACUGAUGAGGAAUCUCGCCGAAAUUGGGAGACUUAUGGCAACCCAGAUGGCCCGAGAGCCACGAGCUUUGGCAUCGCGCUGCCCGCUUGGAUCGUGGACCAGAAAAACUCCAUGCUGGUGCUGCUUGUCUAUGGCUUGGCCUUCAUGGUCAUCCUACCCGUUGUGGUGGGAACUUGGUGGUAUCGAUCCAUACGGUACAGCGGCGAUCAGAUCCUCAUCAACACCACUCAGCUCUUCAUGCAUUUUAUGUACAAAACUCCCAAUAUGAACAUGAAGAGACUGACGAUGGUGUUGACGGCCGCUUUUGAGUUCGACCCGCGCAGCAACAAGGAGGCCACGAUCAGACCCACAGACAACAUAGAAGUGCCACAGCUGAUCCGUGAGCUGGGCAACAUCAACGUGAAGAAGAAGGAGCCGCCGUUCUGCUACCCGUACAGCCUGAAGGCCCGUGUGCUGCUGCUGUCACACCUCGCGCGCAUGGAGGUUUCCGAGGACAUCGAGGAAGAUCGACGAUUUGUGGUGAGAAAGAGCCCAGCGCUGCUCCAGGAGAUGGUGAACGUGGGCUGUCAACUCACCAUGAUGGCUAACAGCCGUGGAGGGUUCCACGCUCCUCGGCUGAUAUCCAUAGAGAACUGCAUGAAGCUGAGCCAGAUGGUGGUUCAGGGCCUCCAGGAGACCAAGUCACCUCUGCUGCAGCUCCCGCACUUUGAGGAGGAGCAUCUCCGCUACUGUAUCUCCAAGAAGUAUAAGGUGAGGAGCAUCCAAGACCUGGUGAGCCUGAAGGACUCGGAUCGCAGGAGCAUGCUUCGCUUCCUGGGCGAGGAGAAAUACGAUGAGGUCAUGGGCGUGCUGGGCAGCUUCCCGCACAUCACCAUGGAUACCAAGCUGCAAGUGCUUGAUGACGAAGACAGCAAUAACAUCACAGCUGGGUCCAUAGUAACAGUCACUGUAACACUGACCAGGAAAAGAAUGGCGGAGGUGUUUGAGAAGGAGCAGGAUCCACAAUGCACCGGGGAGGAGCAGCCUGCCGAAGAAGUGCAGGGCGAUGCCAGCAAGGCCAAGACUAAGGUUUGGCAGAACAAGAAUAAAGGGCCCAAGAAGGCAGCCAAGUCCAAAAAGAAGAAGCUUAUAAAGAAGAAGCCCGUCGUACAGCAGACCAAGGCCGAGAAGCAGAAGCAGGCCAACGGGAAUGUCGCCGGGAAUGAGGCCACGCCCACGCUGAAGGAGGACGAGGAUAACGCCUCUGAUAGAGGCAGCGAGUCGGACGAAGCCGAAGCCAGCAAGGACACUCCCAGCGAGCGGGACGAGGAGAGCGACAAGCAGAGUGACACAGAGGUGGAUGAGAUGGCCGCCGAUGAUGAGGAGGAAUGGAAAGCUUUGCAGCAAAGCAUCCAGCGCAGAGACCGGGCUCUUCUGGAAACCAAGUCCAAGAUCACGCAUCCCGUGUACAGCCUGUACUUCCCUGAGGAGAAGCAAGAGUGGUGGUGGCUGUACAUCGCGGACAGGAAGGACCAGACGCUGGUGUCCAUGCCCUACCAUGUCUGCACACUCAAAGACAGCGAGGAGGUGGAACUGAAAUUCCCAGCCCCAUCGAAAACUGGGAACUAUCAGUAUUCUGUAAUUCUGCGAUCAGAUUCCUACCUGGGCUUGGAUCAGAUAAAGCCGUUGAAGCUGGAGGUCCUAGAGGCAAAACAGGUACUGGACAACCACCCGCAGUGGGACAUCCCGGAGACGGAGGAGGAAGAGGAGGACCAGGAGGACAGCGAUGGCAUCGAGGAGAGCGAGGACGAGGAGGAGGACAACGACUAGCUUCCAGCAUCAUGGAUUCACACUUCUCCACCACCACCCCCUGGCAGCCACUGAGGAGAAACCAACUGGUUUUCAGAGGUCCAGACUGACCUCUCCCACCUAUUCUGUUUUUUUUAUAAAAUAAAAAAGUGAAACGUUUUAAAAUCCAGGCCACAGUUGGUCUGAAAGUCUUGCUUAUUAGUUUUGUCAGGAGCUUUAGGGUGCGACACUAUUGCAGAAUCCCCCCCCCCCCUUACCUCUGAGACACGGUGGGGAGAACGCAUGACUUGUGGGUCUUCUGUGUGAGCAAUAAAGAGCCCCCCUCCAUCUCAACACAAAAAAAAACCUGGAAACUAAAACUCAAGACUCAUGUGACACUAUUUAAGUUAUAGCUUUUUGUGCAGGGUAAGUCCGUUAAUCCUGGGGGGGAAAAUAGCUAAUCACCAAAAAGACGCCCGAGUAAAAUGAGCCCUGUCAACUGUAGGCGUGCACUGGAUGUUGACUUUUUUUUUUUUUUUGCUGUCAGCUCCUCUGUUGCGUUUGCAGUCCUUGGGGCGGUUGGGCUGUAAUUUGAAGCUGACUCCCUCAGCCUUGUAAAGUCUUAGUCCAGCAAGGCUGUGUUCGGUGAAGAUUUACAGACAACAACUGGUUGCUCUUAUUUUUGAUGUAACGUGUCCCCAGUUACUGGCCCUAGUGAAACAUCGAGAUUAAAUAUGCCGUCAUUCCUGUUGGUGGAUUUGACUUUGGGUUCUGGGUCAAGCCAACAUGGUCCUCAUUCAGGCCCAGCGGUAUAGCGAUUCAAAGGGGUGAUUGAAUUUGCGGUUUCAUAAGUAGUAUUUGUAUGAUUUCCUCAAAUAAAUUGGGAAUUUUUAUGUUUAAAAGUUGCUUUUUUGAGUAAUUAUGCUGAAGCGGUGUUGUCGGCUGCCUAGCUGUUGCCACGCCGUGUUUUUGAGAGGUGUGUCUGUGUGUACUGAUACAUUCCUAUUGGCCCUUUUCAGCUGAAGCGCCUUAUAAAAUUACAGAAUCUCAAAAUGACACUGAUGUAAUCUCUUCCCAUAUUAGUUUUAUUUUUCUUUUUCCUCCUUAAAAUCUGAAUUAUUUGGUCUCUGAAGUAAAUAUCUGGUGAUUGUUGCCCAUGCGGUAGACAUAGUUGGUACCCCCAAGGAUGCAGAGAGGAAUGACCCACUAAACCUCACCGUAAGAUGAUUAGAGGUAUGGAGAAGGCCCCAGGAGGAUAAAGUAUGGUGGUUGGUGUACAGUAUGCUGGGGAGGUUUUGCAGGAGACUGAAGUCACCCCCCCUCCCCCAUAUGCAGCUUCAUAUGCAAGGCUUCUCCAAUAAUGUAGACCCCCCCCCCCCCCGCCUUGGCUUCUUGGAACAUUCUUCAGAUCCAAGCGGCCUAUGGGAAUGGAGGUAGUCUGACAAGGGUUACAUUUCCACCCUAUAAGAGUAAAAAGGAAUUAUGGGUGUGUUUGUCAACAGCUUCCAGCUGCCUCACCUGACUAAUGGAAAUUUGCUAUUCAAAGUGAUUGAUUGGAUGUUGUUGGGGAAAAAAAAGUAUACCUAGUUGUGUGCUGUUUAUAAUGUUUUUAAAACGAACUGUACAUUGUUUCCCUAUAGAUCAAGCUGACCAUGUAUGUAUUUUCUAUUUAGAAAAUACUAAACUUUUGUAGUGAUAAUAAGGAUAGUUCUUUUUAUUUAGACUAAAAUUGUGCUUUUGGGUGAAAAGGUUCUAGAAAGGCUGCAUGUUCUAUUCAGCAAGAACCAAACUGUACAUCAAAUUUGAAACAGGACCAGCAUCUAGAAUAUUAUACUCAAGUAUUAUUGAUCUACGGAAGUGUAGCCUUAGUUGACACGCUGUUUAAACCGCAGUACAUUCAAUAUAUCAUCUAUAUAAAUACAAUCUUUAAAUCCUCACUGGCCAAAUAGAAGAAAAAAAAACAAAUACCCGAUAUUAGUAUUUGCAACAUUUUGUUUACAAGAAACUGUCAUUGUAAAUUGAAAAUAUAUUAUUUGUAUUUAAAUCAUUUCAAAUAAAAUAAUACCUUUUAAA